AAAAUUUUAAUUCAACAUGAACAGAUCGCCUUCAAAUGAAAUUUUUCUCAAGAUUGGGACACGAGAAAGCACACUGGCAAUGCAUCAAACCAACCAUGUUAGAGACAAGCUUAUGGAAAUUCAUCCUAACCUCAGCUGCUCUAUAGAUUCUAUGGAAACAAUUGGUGAUAAAAUUUUGGAUGUUGCUCUUUCCAAAAUUGGCAGCAAAAGCCUUUUUACUAAAGAGUUAGAAGAAGCACUGGCCCAGAAAUGCGUCCACAUCGUUGUUCAUUCUCUAAAGGACAUGCCAACUAGCUUACCUGAGGGCAUGGUCAUUGGAGCUGUGCUCAAAAGAGAAGACCCCAGAGAUGCUGUUCUGCUGCACCCAAGCUACCAUGACAAGUGCAACCUCUCUCAGCUGCCUGAAGGAUCAUUGUUGGGUUCGAGUUCCGUGCGGAGGGUAGCCCAGUUACGACGCCACUUCCCGCAGCUGCAGUUCGAGAGCAUCCGCGGCAACCUCAACACGCGCCUUAAGAAGCUGGUCUCCAGCGACCGGUAUGCCGGCAUCAUCCUUGCGGCCGCGGGCGUGCGACGAAUGGGGUGGACUGAUAAAAUAUCUCAGUACCUUGAGGCCGAAGAUUGCAUGUAUGCAGUGGGGCAAGGAGCCGUGGCCGUCGAGUGCCUGGCUGAGGACCACCAAACGCUGUCGUUGCUGCAGCGUCUCAGUGAUGACAACACAUUGCUGGCCACGGUCGCCGAGAGGGCGCUCAUGGCCGCGCUCGCGGGCGGCUGUUCAGCCCCUGUCGCUGUUUGGUCUAAGAUCGAUGCAUCGUCUUUAACAUUAAAAGGCGGUGUAUGGAGUUUGGAUGGAAAAGAGCAGCUCAUUGAAGACCUCACUACUCAGCUGUGUCCAUCUGAUCAAGAAAACGUUGUAGAUUCUGAAGGCGACUCAGCAAAAACUAGCUCGUCAGUAGACGAUUCCGUGGAUGCCUCAAGCUUAGUUGAUGGAGAAGAGGUAUCAAACGGCCACGGCGUAAGUAAGCGUCAAACCAACGCGCCGUGCACGGAAGAGCCUCCCACUAAAGUACGUAGAGUUGAGGACGCAGAAGCCGACUCACGAACAUCAAUAGUUCAACCUGAAGUGGUGUGCUUCUCUGGCAUAGUUCCGCCUCCUCACUUGACGGUAAAAGCUUCAUUAGCUCACAUGCUUGGCAAGAAUUUGGCCGAAGUUCUGCUGAGUAAAGGUGCUGGUAAGAUAUUAUCCGAGGCCAAGAAAGCCAACGAAGUUCCACCACCUAAUGUUAAACCGACGAAUUUACCUACCGGGCAGUAAUACGGUGCAAUAUGUGUUAAUUUAUUUGUAUUUUAAGAAAUUAACUUGUUACUUAAUUUAGACUAAGCUAAAAAUUGCCUGUUGUUUUUAAUUGCGCAAUUGCCUUCGACCUUAAUUUAUUUUUUAAUUUCAUUAUUUGCCACAAUGUAACUUUUGUAUUAUGAUUUUGUUGGUUAUCUUAUUGUAACUUCAUUUCGUAGUUUUUAUGAUUGUUGCCGGGGUAGGUACUUUUUGUGUUGUGAUAAUUAAUGACUGUACUUAAUAUUUUGAUAAUCUUGGUUGUCUGACUCAUUGUAUUUACGUCGGUUGUUAUGUGGUAAUGAUAACUAGGCCAUUUCUGUUGGUACUGUUGCUGCUACGGACUAUUUGUAAGUGAAUAUACGUUGAGGGACAGAGUGUUCAUGAAGAAAUGGGGUUUUAACCAUGACUUAGUACGACCACUGAUAUUUUUUUGCAAAUGACAAAACAUUUGACCUGCCUUGCUGUUUGUGGUUGUUCACGACUAAAAGUAUCUCGUAAGCACUAGCGAAGUUCUCCUUUGAACCUCACCUGAUGUCAAUAUGGUUCUUGUGCCUAUUAAAAUCGGUACAAUUUUUAUUUAUGGUCGACUGAUUCAAGUAUUAAAAGGAAGGUAUUACGAGUCGCAAAUGUUCUAAUUUAAAGAUGCAGCUACAUAAUCUUGUGUUGCGAGCAACAGUUCUGUCCGAUGAAAUAUCUCAAAUUUAAGUCCCUGCUUAGCAUUUUUUUCUUCAUUAUGAAUUUUCGUUAUUGAUUCUUCAUAUCACAAGUUCAAAUAUAUUUUUGUAAAAAAAAUAUCCCAAGUUUUGCGGUGCAGAUUGAAGUGUGUGAACUGAUGUUGAUAUCCACGGUUGCUUUCUACUCAUACUUUAAGCAAAUGAUAAUUGUAAAUUGCCUGCAGAAAUCAUCGUUGGCUGUGACUUCGCUAUGAAAUGCGAAUAUUUCAAAAAAUGGAUAUGGUCUCAAAUGUAUAUAUAUCGUUGAUGUAGAACAUAACUUCUUUGCAAUUCGUACACUCCCGUGUUGCAAUUAAAUGAAGGAAGUCGUGCUGACGUGACCUUGGUGUGAAUAAUAUCAUGAAUUCUUAAAAAGUAAUUUCAAGUCAGCAGCGGUCACCCGGACUCGGCAUGAUGGUGCAUUUAUUUCACGUAAUUAUCCAACCCUCUGGGUAUGAGGGUAUCAUUUUAACAUUAACUUAAUUUCACCGUAUUUUCACCAAGAUUUUGAAAUACUUUGUGUCAACGGACCAUGAGAGUUUCAAGGUUGUGCAUUUCGUCCGAACUUUCAAUGUAGGUAAUCAACAGUGUUAUUUAUCGAGCAUUACAUCCAUACAUACUUGUGUUCAUGCUCAAUUUUAGAAUUACGCCUUGUUCAAGUUUGAUGAGAAGUCAACAAGGUUCUUUCAUUAUUACUAUGUUCUUGGUUAUUUAUUCGGUUGACGUUGUGCCUUCUAACAGCUACGUCAAUGCGUAUUACCUAUUUUUUAUUAUUAAGGUGGGUACUCAGGCAGAACUUUGUUCACGAGUAAUAAAUAUAUUUUACAAAAAAGGC